AUGGGUAUCAACCAAAGCAUCCCGCCACACCGCAUCGAGCCGCCCCGCUUUCGAAUAGGGCCGCCGGGCAAGCCGAUGCCGAGGGGCAACCAGUACUGCAGCAUGCGGCCCCUCUUCUGGCGCCUUGCGAACAACGUUUUGGUCAGACUGGAGGCCGACGUGGCCCUGUGCUUCGGCGACGUGUACCGGGUGCUGCUCCUCCUGCACCACGACGACGCCGAACUCGACCACGACGGGCGUCCGGACCAGAGGCACCUGCUGCCUGCUCGCCACCAGCGGCCGCAGUUCGUCGACGGUGUGCCCGUGAGUGAUGACGAUGGCCAUCGCCAUGACGCUGGUGAUGAUGAUGAGGAAGAUGCUGAACCGCAGACCCGCGGUCGGCACCACCCGACACAGGUGAUCUGGGUCGUAGGGAACUGGAUGCCCUUCACCCGGCAGAUUGCCCACAACAGCGCCCUCCAGAAGGACUCGACGGUGAACAUGAUGGUGCCAGGCCCGCGACGGACUGCGUGGCGCGCUCUGCCACGUCAGCACACCGUCGGUGGGCGAGGAAGUUGGGCGCUGCCAGGUGGGUGGGACGAUGGCCUGCGCGACGUGGUCGCCAAUCACGACGCGCUCCAGCUCACCGGCCGCUCUGAGUUCAUCCACCGCAACCUCAUCAAGCCACCAAUACGACCGGGGAGACGGGAAAGACGUAAAGAAAUGGUGGAACAGCUGAUGGCGCGCGUCACGGACAACGUCGACGACGCUCCGCUCGACUUUUUCGUCGCCCUUCGCCCGCCCAUCGACGCCGCCAUCUACCACAACCGAUGCAGUGGUGGUGGCCUUGCGCCGUCGAUCGAAUUCGUGGUUCACGUGCAACUGCCGCCGACCUACCCGCUUGCCAGCGAGAGGUACCGCAUGCUGACGCCUAUCCUCCACCCGUUCGUUGCGCCCCUGUGGCCCGACAACGUUGACGGCGGCCGCGACGACGACAAGCGCCGGGCUUGGCUUGAAGGCGGCCGCAUGGCGUUUGCUUCUGGUGUCAAGGAGCAGGCGACGCUCACCCCUUGGUCCACAAAUGCCGAGGGCUUCGCCGAGGUGCUGGCCUGGUUCCGCGACGAGUCGCUCCUCGACCCGGUCGGCUGCGCGUCGCGCUUUGUCGAGAAGUCGCCCGACGAUGCCACGACCGAGAUGAAGCGUUGGGCCUCGCCGGACGGGGGCGAGAAGAUGGCCAGGAGGGCGAGUCGCCUGGCCGAGGACGGCGGUGUCGUGCGGUGGCGGCCCGAGCUACACGCGGCAUGCCCGCUCGCCUUCCGGGCCGAAGUGCGCACGCUGCUGCUCGUGCGGCAGCGCGCUCAGGCCGACAUGCCGGUCGAUGGAUCAGGCAGCAGCCCGAUGGCCGAGAUGCCCGAGGAGGUGGUGCGGCACAUCAUCGACGCCCUGCUCGGCCUCCAUCUCAGCUCCGCCUCCUCCUUCCUCUACUUCUCCGCCUAA